UUUUUCUCCAAUAAAGCCUUUAGGCCUGUUUAUUUUGGGAAAAAAUCGACCUAUACAGGAGGCUUUGCUCUCAAGCUUUUAGGUUGAGGUGGGUAUUCGAGACUAGCUUUGCUCUGCAUAUAAUUAUCUGCAAGCCUUUGCACCACAGCUAAAGCUAUCCUUGAGCCCAAUCGUGAGCUACUACUAUUAGUCUGUCACACAAACUGUAUCCAGCUGGAGCUAGCCUAAGAGAGAUUUUACUAAGACUAGUGAUACACUUUCAACAGCUUACGGGCAGGCUGGGGCAAGUAGUAGCUCACAAAACGAUUAGAAUCUCAAGGAUAGCUUCAGCUGACAACCUGCUGUGGUGCAAAGCCUUUAUAUUUACCAAAGGCUCUUAGCUUUCUGAUGUAAGUCGAUGUUUUCCCAGUUUAACAAAAAUGAAUAGGCUCUAUUGGAGAAAAAUUGGUUUGGAAUGAGCCAAAAUUCAAUCUUGUUACCAAGGUUCACGUGACAGGUACUUCCGCUCUCGACAAUACAGUUGCAAGAACUCCUCAAAUCCCUGUAGUAGCUUUGGUGUGGCUCAAAAGUCAUCAUCAUCAUCAUAAUUAUGACACGAGACUGAAAACCACGCCCCUGAGAAAGUGGAUCCUUUAUACUAAAAUUAAAUGGCCAUCACUAGAUCUAGCAGUGAAAUUGAAGCUAUUUCAGUUGUUGAUUUUAGUGACAUCCUCUCUGGUUCCAAGGAUCUGAGCAGCUGCCCUCAAGUGAAGGAGUUCCAUUCUGCGCUGAGUACUGUCGGCUUCGUCUUCCUGAAAAAUCAUGGAAUCAACAAAGAAAUGGUGGACAAGGUAUUCAAGAUAUCGGAGACCUUUUUCAUGCAAGAUAUUUCUACAAAGAAACCAUUCAUCAGAAGAGAUACUACCAGAUACGAUGGCUAUGUGUGUAUGGAGCAAGAAAGUGUAAACCCCACCCAACCUGGUGACUUAAAGGAGUGUUACAACGUUUGCGAGAUAGGAUAUCCAUGUCCUGAUCUAUUUGAAGACCAUGUAAAAAAGUUCUUUGAUUUGAAUAAAACUCUGGCAUUGAAGAUUCUGGAAGUGAUGGGCUAUGCCUUGGAAUUGAAGGAUCCACAGUUUUUUGUGAAAGGGCACCAAAAGAUGGGGCAGGAGAGCUACACCACACUGCGUCUCCUCUAUUACCCUCCUCUUCCAUCCUCUUUCAUCAUUAAACCAGGACAGCUGAGGUGUGGGGAACACGUGGACUACGGUUCCAUUACUCUCCUAUUUCAGGAUCCUAAUGGCGGCCUUCAAGUGAAGAAGAAGGGUGGGGGGUACAUUGAUGUACCCUACAUUGAUGGUGCUGUGCUGGUCAAUUUGGGAGCUCUGAUGCAGCAAUGGACCGGAGAUAAGUACCCAGCAACGCCUCAUCGUGUUCUUGUGCCCGAUGAUGAAGCUGUGAAGGGAAGAGUGAGACAGUCCAUUGCCUUCUUUGUCCACCCUGACUACGAGGUGCUCGUGGAGACCAUCGAUGGGUCUAACAAGUAUCCACCUAUCACUGCCCUGGAAGAUACUUUCAGACGCUUAAAACAAUCUUACUUUCCUGUUGACUAAUUGUCUCUAUAAUUAACACAGCAAGUAUUUCUAUAGGUGUAUCAAUUGUUGAGAUGUGCAAAAGGUUGCUGUACAUCAUUUUGCCUUGUUGGUUAAUUUGAAACGUAUACCCUCUUUCUUUAUUGUGUACUGUAUACAUAUCUACUAGCCAAGAUUCUAUUUGCUGAGAGGA